UACCCCGCUAGAUUCAGUCCGGCACAAAUAGUCUUGGAUACCUUAACAAACGCUGUCUCCGUCGAUACGGACGAAUAUUGGGACGCACGGUUAAGCUCACAAGACCACAUUCAUAGGCUACAGAUACUUUAUCAACGACAGCCUUCGCGGUUGUUCACGCUUUCUCGUAAGCAUCACAUCCUUUUGUAAAAAAAAAAAUCCACUUCGUUCCAAUUCUCGUCAUCAUGGUUUCUCUUGACAUUGUCCGCGCUCACAACGCCUCGCUCAAAACCCUACCUCCGCAUCAAGUCGCAGUAUUCGUUGGAGGCACAAGUGGGAUAGGCUUCUUCACUGCUCGCGAAUUCGUCCGCACGACCACAUCACCACAUGUCUACUUGAUCGGCCGAAACGCGACAGAAGCCGGCAAGAUCAUGGAUGAGCUCAACUCGAUCAACAGCUCAUCCCAGAUUAGCUUCAUUCAAAAGGACAUCUCGCUUUUGAAGAAUGUGGACCAGGCAUGUAAUGAGAUCAAGGGCAAGGAGAAGCAAGUCAAUAUGCUGUUUAUGACGUGCGGAUACCUCACGAUGAAGGGAAGAGACGAGACAGCCGAAGGACUGGACAGGAAGAUGGCUGUGCAAUAUUACGCACGAAUGCGAUUCAUCUCUCAACUCACACCGCUCCUCAACAAGGCCUCUGAGGCUGGCAACCUGUCUCGCGUGGUCGCUGUCCUGGACCCGCAGGCCGGUUUGAGACUUGGAGGCCUUGACUAUUCCGACCUCUCCCUUAGACAUAACUUCAGUCUCAAGAACGUCCUGCUCCACGCGAGCGCUAUGACGUCUCUCUCCAUGGCUCAUUUGGCAAAUCAGAAUCCAAAGACGAGCUACAUCCACGAAUACCCAUCUGGCGUCGAGACAGGCGUAACGCGUGAACUCUUCGGUCGCUUCAACGAUACUAUCAUGUCUACGCUGGGUGGAAUGUUUCGACGCUUCCUCUUCGUUCCACAAGUAGAAAGCGGCGAGAGACAUUUGUUCGCUGCCACGGCGCCGCGUUACGCCCCCAAAGCGGAUAGCGCCAAGACAGACGUUAUUGGAAGUGAUGGUGUGAAAGGCAGUGGAAGUUAUCUUCUGAACUGGAAUGGGGACAUCCUGGCAGAUACCAAGAAAGCGCAGAAACUGAGGGAGGACGGCGGGAUGGACAAGGUCUGGGGGCAUACACAAGAAGUUAUGGACAAGAUCGAGGAGAGUGGAAGGUUUUGACUUGAGCGGCAAUCUGUUAUUAGAGUUUGAUCGCUGGGCUUGACAUAGGAUGGAGCGGGCCGGGAGAGCAAGCCAUGGGACCAGGACAACUGAAUCGCGCUACGCGUGUGGGGCAUAUCGAUAGGCGCACGUCUUCAAGGUUGCGUGAUGCUGAGACAAUGUUGCUUGACAUGCACGAGGCGCAGUUUGUUGGCGUUGGUGACGUUUCUGCUCUAUCUGGAAUCAGCCAAUCUCAGA